AUGAAGGGAGGCACAGAGAAAAGUUCAUCGGCAUUUGCUGAGCUUACGGAAGAAGAGCGGGAAAAAAUCUUGGAAGUUAUUCAGAGAGACUUUAGUCUUCGGGAACAAGAAAAGAAACGAUUAGCAAAAAUUGAAGAAGAUGUGAAACAUGAAGAAAGACAGAAAAAUUUACUAACUCAGAGGAAAGACUUCAAUGAAAAUUUCUGUUGGUGCUGUUGUCGAGCCUUUGGUUAUAUUUUCAACCGAAGGCAAAUAUGUAUCAAAUGCAGAGCGUAUGUUUGCAAAUCAUGCAGCACUUAUGACACAGCAAUCAAGGCUUACAUUUGUUUUUCAUGCAUCAAAAAAGAUGAUCUGAAAUCCAUGUCUUUAGAAUGGUUCUACACAAGUGUCAGCAAAAGACUGAUCAUAUCUAUCUAUCUAUCACUGACAUAUCUAUCUCUGUUACAAACUGUUCAUAUCUAUCUAUUUGUCACUGACAUAUCUAUCUAUCUAUCUAUCUAUCUAUCUAUCUAUCUAUCUAUCUAUUACAGACAGUUCAUAUCUAUCUGCCUAUCACUGACAUAUCUAUCUAUCUGUCUAUCUAUCUAUCUCUCUGUCUGUCAUUGGCAUAUCUAUCUUUCUGUCUGUCUGUCAUUGACAUAUCUAUCUGUCUAUCUUAGCUAUUUCUUAAGAUUAGCCUGGUAUAGUGCCACAAUAGUGCAUAAUUAA